AUGGAUCAAUAUAAGCCUUAUUUAAAAAAAUCAUUUUUAGUAAUAGCAGUUAUAUCUUGUUUUACAUGUUAUGCGCGCGCAGAUUACAAUUUACCUCUUUUUGCAUUUGCUUAUCUUUUAUGGGAUUAAACAAAGCCAAACUCUUAAAAAACAAAAAUGCUUUAUUUAUUUAUAUUUACUUGGAUUUUUGAUUUUGUAUGGCUUAUAUACUGGGGAACUUUUUGGGAUAGUGCUGCUUUCGAAAAAAAUUGGGCAAAAGGUGUUUAAUCAUUUGUUUUAGUUUUGAGUAUUAUAAAUUUCAUUAUUAAAUUAGGAGUUAUUGGGCUUGCUAUUUUAACAGAUUCAGAAUGUAAAGAAUCACUUUCUCCAGAAAGAUUUAUUAAAAAUGUUACAAAUAUUUUAUAACCUGAUUAUUGA